AAACCCCAGUUUCUAUUCUCAUACUUGAAUUUCCCCCAAAAUCAAAUUCUGUUAUUUGCAGUUUCUUCGUUACAGAUCGUUCGUUCAAAUUUCUAGCCGACGAUCCAAAUUGAAAGGCUGCGAAACCUAACUGCAUCAAACGACGCGUUCGCCUUCGCAUGUGAUUCCCGUGAGACAUUUGAAAAAGAUGGUGAAACUGACAAUGAUAGCUCGUGCUAUUGAUGGCCUUCCGUUAGUAGAGGGAUUGGAUGAUGGCCGUGAUGUGCAAGAUACUGAAUUUUACAAACAGCAAGUUAAGGCUUUGUUCAAAAACCUUGCAAGAGGACAGAAUGAGCCAUCGAGAAUGUCGAUUGAAACAGGGCCAUAUAUAUUCCAUUAUAUCAUUGAAGAGCGUGUAUGCUAUUUGACGAUGUGUGAUCGUGCUUAUCCUAAGAAACUUGCCUUUCAAUAUCUAGAAGACCUCAAAAAUGAAUUUGAGCGCGUAUAUGGGAAUCAGAUAGAAACUGCUGCAAGACCAUAUGCUUUUAUCAAAUUUGAUACAUUCAUACAGAAGACAAAGAAAAUGUACCAGGAUACCACAACUCAACGGAAUAUUUCAAAGUUGAAUGAUGAACUCUAUGAAGUUCACCAGAUAAUGACACGCAAUGUACAGGAAGUUCUUGGUGUUGGUGAAAAGUUGGACCAGGUUAGCCAGAUGUCCAGUCGCUUGACUUCUGAAUCCCGCAUGUAUGCAGAUAGGGCGAAGGACUUAAAUCGACAGGCUCUGAUCAAGAAAUGGGCCCCAGUUGCAGUUGUUCUAGGAGUGGUGUUCCUGCUCCUCUACGUCCGAAACAGAUUCUGGUGAUGUUUGACGGAGCUCCAUACUUCGAAACAGACUGACUUAACUAGUCGCUUAGAUAUGUUGUGAUUGACAAUUGACAACACUUUAGCCUUUUCAUCCUCCCUUAUAAGAUCAUCGAUCCUUAAAUUUUA